GGGGUACCGGGGCAGUACAAGCGGACCGAUCGGACGGACCCGUUACUGUGAUUAUUCCGCUCACCCAGUGCCGGACACGCCGCCAACAAACAGGUACAGCACCGAGGGGCUUGAUGCCGCACAGAACCCAUUUCACCCCAUGGAUCCGCUGGGUGCCAGGUCGUGCUUUGUGGAUGCCGACGCGCUCCCCUGCUGGGCCGACGUAAGGGACGGAGAAGGAGAAGAUGUGCCGGACGGGGGCAGGAAAGAUGCCCCACAUGGGGGGCUUCACUCUCCCUUUCCAUACAGGAACGAUAUCAACAAGAAGGUGAUACUAUGGAGAGGGGACGUGGCGUUACUCAGCUGCACGGCUCUGGUCAAUACCAGCAACGAGACCCUCACCGACAAAAACCCGGUGUCCGACAGCAUUUUCCGCUACUCGGGGCCCGAGCUGUCAGAAGAGAUGCAGAAGCUAAAAGGGUGCCGGACAGGAGAAGCCAAACUCACGAAGGGGUUUAACCUGGCGGCGCGGUACAUCAUCCACACGGUGGGCCCUAAAUACAAGACCAAAUACCGCACAGCGGCCGAGAGCUCCCUCUACAGCUGUUACCGGAACGUUCUACAACUGGCCAAGGAGCAGGGUAUGGCCUCUGUGGGAUUCUGCGUCAUUGCCACCCAGAAGCGCUGCUACCCCCCGGAGGAUUCUACACACAUUGCGCUGCGGACGGUGCGGCGGUUCCUGGAGGCACACGGUGCAGCCCUGGAGAAAGUGGUUUUUGCUGUUACAGAACAAGAAGAGGGAACAUACAGGCGCCUGUUACCCCUGUACUUUCCUCGGUCUCUAGAAGAAGAGCAGAGGUCCAUCCCGUUCCUGCCCCAGGACAUCGGGAACGCCGAGGGGGAACCUGUGGUGCCGGAACGUCAGAUCCGAAUCAGUGAGAAACCUGGGGGGCAGGAUGACGACUCGGAAGAGGAGGGUUUGGUGAAGGACCUGUCUGUGAUUGGCUCCCAUGCCUUUGCCCGGAUGGAGGGGGAUGUAGAUAAGCAGCGCCGCUUGGCAUUACAGGGGCAACUAUCCGGCGCCGCCAUGCAGAAACAGCACCAGAGGAAUUACAACCGCUGGCUGUCUCGGGCACGGACUGAAGAUCUCUCCGACAUCGCUGCCCUCAAAGCCUUGUACCAGUCCGGAGUGGAUAACUGUGGCCGCACCGUCAUGGUGGUCGUGGGAAGGAACAUUCCGGUGCUGCUGAUUGACAUGGAGAAGGCUCUGUUGUACUUUAUCCACAUGAUGGACCACGUUGCAGCCAAGGAGUACGUGCUCGUGUACUUCCACACUCUCACCGGGGAGCACAACCACCCGGACUCGGAUUUCCUCAAGAAUAUGUACGACAUCGUCGACGUCAAGUAUAAGAAGAACCUGAAAGCACUUUAUUUUGUUCACCCCACGUUCCGCUCGAAGGUUUCCAGUUGGUUCUUCACCACCUUCACUGUGUCGGGCCUGAAGGACAAGGUGCACCAGGUGGAGAGUCUGCACCAGCUCUUCUCUGCCGUCCCCCCCGAGCAGAUAGAGAUCCCCCCCUUUGUCCUGGAUUAUGAUGCCCGGGAAAACGGGCCCUUCUUCCCUUCCCAGUCCUCCUUCCUGUCUCUCUGACCAUGUGACUGGGGAGGCCCCCCCACUGCCCCUCAGUGCAGCCCCGGGGACUGGGAGUAAAGCCCCCCUGCACAUGUGGGUGAUGUGCACCCAGUGGCACCCAGGGGUCCUUCCAUUUUAUUUAUACCUCUGUGCCCUGAUAUGUAACUAAUGCAGCGACCUGGCCGGGGGGCCGCCAUCUUCCUACGGAGACUCUACUAGUCGGCAGUGGAUUUGCCAGUCCACUCCUGGACUAAACACCCGCUUCUGAUUGGCUGUGGGUUAGCCAGUCCACUCCUGGAAUAAACACCCGCUUCUGAUUGGCUGUGGGUUAGCCAGCCCUCCCCUGGAUUAAACAUUCUUCUUCUGAUUGGCUGUGGAAUAUCCAGCCCUUUCCGCUGUGGGUUAUCCAGCCUUCUCCAGGAAUAAACACUGUCUUCUGAUUGGCUGUGGGCUAUCCAGUCCUCCCCUGGAUUAAACACUCUCUUUCUGUGGAAUAUCCCGCCCUUUCCGCUGUGGGUUAUCCAAUCCACUCUAGGAAUAAACACUGUCUUCUGAUUGGCUGUGGGCUAUCCAGUCCUCCCCUGGAUUAAACACUCUCUUUCUGUGGAAUAUCCCGCCCUUUCCACUGUGGGUUAUCCAAUCCACUCUAGGAAUAAACGCCCUUUGCUGAUUGGCUGUGGAAUAUCCUGCCCUUUCCGCUGUGGGUUAUCCAAUCCACUCUAGGAAUAAACGCCCUUUGCUGAUUGGCUGUGGAAUAUCCUGCUUCUGGAGCAAAUUUCCCUUUUCUGGUUGGAUGAGGAUUAUUACAUCUAUUUCUCGGACACACACCGCCUUCUGAUUGGCUGUGGAUUAUUCAGUCCAUUCCUGGUACAAUCUCUCUCCUGGUUUCGGAUCAUCCCAGUCUGGUACCUGUACAAUGAGAAUGGGGAUUAUUCAGCCUAUACCUAGAAUAAAUACCCGCUUCUGAUUGGCUGUGGAUUAUCCAUUCCAUCCGUAGAAUAACCCCCCCAAUCCCAAUCCAGCCCUAAGGUUAAAUACCAGGGUGAUUUGAAUGAGCCCCCGGUUCUGAUUGGCUAUGGACCGCCCAACCUGUUCUUAAAAUAAAUAUCCUUACUGUG